AUGGAAGUAGGUGAGAACCAACUUAAUGGUUCUAUUCCUGUUUCAAUUGGUAAUUUGAGUAACUUAAAUGAAUUGCAUCUCCGAGAGAACCAAUUUUCUGGUACAAUUCCAGAAGAGCUUGGAAACCUGAAAAAGUUGGUAGUUUUGGAUUUGGAUCAAAAUCGGUUUUCUGGUCCAUUGCCAGAUCUACUAUGUCAAAAUGGAACCCUCCAAAUUAUUACUGUAUCUGAGAACAUGCUUACAGGUCCAAUCCCUAGAUGCUUGAAAAAUUGCUCAAGCUUAAUUAGGGCCCGCUUCAAUGGGAACCAUUUCUAUGGUAACUUGUCGGAAAUGUUUGGCAUCUAUCCUUUCCUGGAUUUCAUAGAUCUGCGGGACAACGAAUUCUAUGGGGAACUCUCUAGCAACUGGGGAAAAUGCAAAAUCUUGACGGCCCUGAUGGUUGGAAAGAACAACAUCACAGGUGGUAUACCUCCAGAAAUUGGAACUUUAACUAAAUUACAAGCGCUUGAUCUUUCUUCAAAUUAUUUAUCUGGGGAGAUACCAAGAGGAGUUGGGAAGUUGGCUUCUAUGCUUAAUCUAUAUUUGCAUGACAACCAACUCACUGGCAGUAUGCCUCAGGAGUUGGGAAUGCUAACAAAACUUCUUUAUGUAGACCUGUCCACAAACUCCUUUAAUGGACCUAUUCCAGAACAUUUGGGAGAUUUGAGGUACUUGUUUCACAUGAACUUGAGCAACAACAUUUUCACCCAAAAGAUUCCAUUCCAAAUUGGGAAGUUGACCCAACUUUCUGAACUGGAUUUGAGUCGAAAUUUCUUCACAGGAGAGAUACCAUCUGAGUUCCAAAGUUUGCAAAAUCUGGGAACAUUGGAUCUCUCACACAAUAACCUCUCUGGUGUAAUCCCAAAGGCUUUGGUAAAAUUGCCUGGUUUAUUGCACAUUAAUAUUUCAUUCAAUAAUUUAGAGGGUCCAAUUCCAAGUGGUAGAGCCUUUAUGAAUUUAACCAUAGAGGAAGUACAGGGAAAUAAAGGUCUAUGCGGCAAUAUUACAGGGUUACCAGCUUGUGGAAGUUCCCCGUUGAUUAAAAAGCAUGUCAAGGAUAAGCAGAAGAAACUUCUUGUCACAAUUUUAUGUCCUCUUCUGGGAUCAUUCCUACUUCUUUGUGCAUUCUAUGGUGGUCUCAGAUUGCAUGAUCAAUGGAGAAAAAGUUCAGGAACAGAAGAUAUGGAUAUGAAGAAGGGAAAUUUUUUUUCUGUAUGUUCUUAUGACGGGAAAGCAUUGUAUAAAGAAAUAGUAAUGGCUACAGAAGAGUUCAAUGACAUAUUUUGCAUUGGGAAAGGGGGUUAUGGAAGUGUUUAUAGAGCAGAGCUUCCAUCAGGCGAUGUGAUAGCAGUAAAGAAGCUUCACCACGUGCCUCAGAUGGCGAUGCAUAGAAGUUUCUUGAAUGAGAUAAAGGCCUUGACAGAAAUCAAGCAUCGAAACAUUGUGAAACUCUUUGGCUUCUGCUCAAAUUCUCGGCACUCAUUUUUGGUUUAUGAGUACCUUGAAAGACGAAGCUUGGCAAAAAUUUUGAGCAUGGAAGAAGAAGCUAUGGAGUUAGACUGGCAGAAGAGGUUGAAAAUCAUCAAAGGCAUAGCUCAUGCUUUAUCUUACAUGCAUCAUGAUUGUUCACCCGCAAUUGUACAUCGAGACUUAUCAAGCAACAACAUUUUGCUUGAUCCAGAAUAUGAGGCUCACAUUUCUGAUUUUGGUACUUCUAAGUUUCUGAAAAUAGAUUCAUCUAAUUGGAGUUCUCUUGCAGGCACAUAUGGAUAUGUUGCACCAGAAUUUUCCUACACAAUGAAAGUAACUGAAAAGUGUGAUGUUUAUAGCUUUGGGGUCCUGACAAUGGAAGUAAUCAAAGGAAAGCAUCCUGGUGACUUGAUUGCUUAUCUAAUGUCUUCAAAGCCUGAAAACAUAGAACUGAAAGACUUGCUCGACCAAAGACUUCUGUACCCCAGUCAAGAAAUUGAAAGGAGUCUGAAAUCCGUUCUCAAACUAGUAAGAGCUUGUCUACAUGUUGAUCCUCAAUUUAGGCCAACAAUGCUCUUUAUUACCAGGUUGUUAUCAACUGGUGCAUCAUAUGAGUAA